AUGGAUACCACUACCUUUCCAGAAAGUGCCAACAUGCCACGUCCUAUGCCCGUUAUACAGCCCUUCGCCGGAAGGAUCGGAGGCAACCAAGCGCUUGUAGUCGACCGCCAUGAUCCUAGCAAUGCGGACCUCUUGAAGAAGACGCCCGAUGCGGCGCCGCUGAUGACAGUUCGUGAAGGGUUCGACCUGCGCGGAUUCUGGGACAUUGACCUUUGGAAGUUCGGCUUCGUCGAAUGCAUGGGUACUAUGAUGAUGGUCUUCGUAACCUCUUGGAUGGCCAUACGACCACCUUCCGCGUCGGCGAAUGUCACUCCGACUACACCAGCCGGCGUGUACUCUACCGCGGCAUUCUUGGGACCAAUAUUCGGCGGUCUUAGCAAUUGGAUGUUCCUGACUCUGUUCAUUUUCUCUUUUUCGAACGUCAGUGGCAGCCAUCUCAACCCGACCAUUACUCUGGCCACCUUUUUCGCCCGUUUAAUAUCACUUCCUCGAAUGGUUAUUUACCUCCUCGGUCAAACCCUUGGCGGUGCUUUGGCUGGCUUCAUGCUUCGAAGCGCCUAUGGGUCCAGGGACUUCACCGUAGGAGGUUGUUCAGUGAACACCAGUUUGGUACCUGUAGACGAGGCAUUCUUGCUCGAAUUUAUCUUCUCCUUAGUACUGAUUUUCCUCUCUUUCGGUGUUGGCCUGGACCCAAGACAGGGUUCUAUUUAUGGCGCUGCGCUGUCUCCCUUCCUAGUCGGUAUGACUCUAGGCGUUCUGAGCUGGGGCUCAUCCUUCAGCCGCGCUGGCUAUGCUGGGGCUUGUGAGUAUACCAUAGACGCACAACUAUUGGCCAAUUUAAACAGAAAGGAUACGCUGACACAUUGUCUACAUGGCAGCGUUAAACCCGGCCCGGUGCUUUGGUGUGUAUGUAGCCACCAGCUAUCCGGGAUACCAUUGGAUUCACUGGGUCGGGCCUCUCGUCGCUUCAGUAGGGCACGGUAUUGUCUACUUUAUCGCGCCUCCUUGGGGGCAUUAACGGUCACUUACGACGCAGCGGUGGCGGAAGGUUGA